AUGAUGUCAUGCAGCAAUCCAGGGGCACUGGACCUCUCCAGACUGACGGACGAAGAAGCCAAGCAUGUAUGGCAGGUCAUCCAGAGAGACUUCAAUCUGCGGAAGAAAGAGGAAGACAGAUUAGGGGAGUUGAAGACCAAAAUAGAGAAGGAAGACACAAAGAGAGAGCUGCUGGUGUUUCAGCCCAGUCUCACUGAUUCGCUCUGCAUACGGUGUCUACAGCCCUUUAAGUUCCUGGUCAACAGCAAACGGCAGUGCAUUGACUGCAAGUUGCACUUCUGCAAGAGCUGCAGCCGCUAUAACAAAAAGGAGCAUGGAUGGGUAUGCGAUCCCUGUCGCAUGACCAGGGUCCUGAGAAUUGGCACUUUGGAAUGGUAUCACGAGAACGUACGCUCCCGCUUCAAACGCUUCGGCAGUGCAAAAGUAAUGAGGUCCCUGUACAAGAGGCUGAACGGAGAGCGCACAUGCUCCCAGACUGACCUGCGAGAGCAUCGGGAGGAUGACACACACAGCAUGCCAGAGGUCCACAGUUCAGGCUAUGGUCAAAAUGAAGACCAUUCAGGAGCCCUGGACAGAAAACACAACAGUCUGACACGAAAAAGCAAGCGACUGCUCUCUGUGGACCCUCUAGACUUCAACCUACGUUCUGAGUACUCUACCCACUCUCGCCGGCAUUCUUUUCAGUAUUCAGGCAGUCAAGACGGAGUGAUGCAGCGAGAGGCAGAUCUGUCCUCACUCUUUAAGCCGAUUUUAGUGGAAAACGGCAAUCACGGACAAGAUGACUAUAUAUACUCAGGACAGAGAAUUGCCUAUGCACAGUCCUUCUCAAAGACUAGCCAAUCCUCUGCCAGCAGUGCUAACUGCCCCCCGUACCGCGAGCUCCCCUACAGCGCAGAGAACUCAGAUGAGGAAGACUCCCAGAACUUCCUCCCAUAUAAUCCACCCCGUCGAAGCAGUGGAACUUCAUCACCAGACGGGGUUCCACCACAGAUCAUUGAGUUGAACAGACGUCUGUCAGUGAUCGAAAGUCUUCUAUCUCGUCUAGAGCAAAAAAUAACUCUUCCGGAACAACAGGCUGUAGCCCAACAAGAGGAACCAUCCGAGAUUGAUCUUGAGGAACUGGAGCUUAGGAAAAAACUGGUUGAGCUGACAGGCAACAUCAGUGAUAAAGCUUCAUCAUCUGAGGAUGAGGAGGAGCCCAAAAAACCUGAGGAGGACAAGAGUUCCCUAGGAGGAGGAGGAGGAGGAGGAGGAGGAGGAGGAGCGGUGUUUGGCCAUGCCUCAACGACUCAGCACUCCCCAGGAAGAUCAGACAACUACAGCACCUCCAGGGAUUACCUGUCAAAUGAGCCCCAGAGGGCUAACUUCAGCGUUACGAAGCCCGUUGAUCAGGAGAAGAAGACGUUUGCCCCUGAGCCUAAGGAGAAAUGCUCUUUCACUGGCACAGCCUCUGAGUUAUCCCAGCUGGAGGGCAAAGUGAAAAUGGCGGCCGCCAGAGUCCAGAGUACACAAAGCGAGGUUUCAGAUAUCGAAAGCAGAAUUGCAGCACUAAGCGCAGCCGGAAUGACUGUGGAAAGUCCACGUAGAAGGGCAUCAACCGGAUCACAAAGAAGGCUCUCCCAUGACUGCCCCAUCAGGUCCACCAAUGCCAAAAGGCCUCUGAGGAAGCUAAGUGGCAUGUGA